AUGUCACAACUAUUGAAUGUGAAAAAUUCAGAUAUAUCUGAGAGAUUGAAAGACUUAAUUAAAAAUAAUUCUGAAUUAGGGUCACAAUUACUUUCGCUUCUUAUAGUCAGUAGUGAAAAUUCUAAAGAGAUAAUUGAUGCCAUUAACAAUAAUAGCGUGCAAACAAAGGCAAAUUUAGACGAAUAUUCGAUACCCAGGUCACUUACUGUGAGUGAACGAGAUUUAGAGGUAGAUUCCGAGGUUGUCAAGUCCGAUGAUCCUGUUGAAUAUGAGAAAUGUCAAGAAGAGUUGUUACUUGAGAAGAGAAGAAAGAACAUCGAGGCUAGUGCAAGGUUCAGACAGAGAAAGAAGUUGAGAGAACAAGAGACAAAGAAGAAACGAGAUAUGUUAAAUAGAAGAGUCGCUGAAUUGUACUCAAAGAUAGAAGAUUUAACAAUUGAAAAUAAAUAUUGGAGAGAGAAAAUAGAAAAAAUCAAUGAACAAAAAUCUAAUGAGUUACUAAAUGAAAUUAAACUAAAAAAUACAAAUUAA